AUGUUUUCCGCUUUCCGGAAGCUCACGGCCAAGUCGGAGGCCCAGGCGGGCCCACCGGAGACUGCUGGCCACUCCAUGUCGGGCACGCUGCAGAAGAAGUUCGCCAAAGGCGUGCAGUACAACAUGAAGAUCAUCAUCAAGGGGGACAGGAAUGUGGGCAAGUCGUGCUUGCUGGAGCGGCUCCAGGGGCGCUCCUUCGUGGAGGCGUACACGCCCACCGAGCAGAUCCAGGUGGCGUCCAUCCAGUGGAGCUUUAAAGCCACCGAGGACGUGGUGAAGGUGGAGGUGUGGGACGUGGUGGAUCGCGGAAAGGCCAGAGCACGCCAGACGAGCCUCAAGCUGGCGACGAGCGUCCCUGCGGCUGAGACUCCGGCGCUUGACGCUGAAUUCCUGGACGUGUACAAAGGCACGCACGGCGUGGUGCUCAUGAUGGACAUCACCAAGGCCUGGACGUUCGAAUACGUCGCGCGGGAGCUGCCUAAGAUCCCGUCCGAGAUCCCCGUGCUCAUCCUGGGUAAUCACUGCGACAUGAACCACCAUCGCGUGGUGUCCGCCGGCCAGGCUGUGGAUCUGGUCGAGGGGAGUCAAGCCGAUCGCGCCGGGGAAGUUCUCUACGGCGAGAGUUCCAUGCGCAACGGCUUCGGACUGCGAUUGCUCCACAAGUUCCUCGGGCUGCCCUUCCUCAAGCUGCAGCGAGACACGCUGCUGGCACAGCUGGAGCGCAAUCGCCGCGACGUAGACAUUUGCAGCUUCGAGAUCACUGAAUUCCUCAAGUCCGGCGACUCGGAUUAUGGACAGUUUUUGGACCAGCUCGUGAGCAGGAGGAGACAGCUGGCGGACGCCAAGAGUGUGCCCGAGGUGCGUCCCAUGAAGAGCAUAAUCGUGGGCGGCGGACAGCCAAUUGUGGUGCCAGGGCAGGAGAAGAAGCCUCAGCAGAAGAGCCUGGCCAAUUUGGUGGCGGACGUGAGCAAGCUGAGCGUGACUGAGGGUGAGAAAAUCACCAGUGUGGAGGACUUCUGUCCCGAGGGCGGCGGCGGACUGGACAAAGACUUCUUCGAUGACUGCCCAGUGACGCCCACAGUGAAGAUGCAUGCCCGGAGUGGCGGGAAUGAGUCUGACAGCGACGCAGAGGGUGCCAAUCCUCAGGUGGCGCGCUUCGAGGAGGAGUUCGGCGAUGAGGACGAUGACGAGGAGCCCGUGGGCAUCAAAACGCUGCCAGAGAGUCGCGACGAGAUGGAGAACAUCGUCAAGAUUGGGCUGAAGGACGCGGACUUUGAUUCGUGGAUCAUGGAUUCCAGUGUGCAGCAGCGCAGAUCUCCCGAGGGCGGUGAGGAUUCCGCCACCACGGCCAGCAUCCACCAGGAUGUGUCGCCAGUGGAGGCUGAGGAGACGCCCGAGGAGCGGCGGAAGCCGAAGAAGAAGAAGGACAAGAAGGAGAAGCGCGAGAAGGAGGAGCGGAAGAAGAAGAAGCGCAGGUCUCGCGAAGAGGACGCGGGUCCUUCCUCGGCUGAAGGCUACGAAUGCAUCUGAAUCUUCUUUUUUCUCCUUCUUGAAAUUUUGUUGAUUUUUUUUCUAUUGAGAUUUUCCCAUCCAACGACUUUUUUUUAUGUUUAAUAAAUCAAUUAUUUUGUACCUUAUCAUGGAGAUUUUGAGUGCUUGAGCAAAGAUACUGUACCUGCUUCCGAAUUGGACAGUCUGGAGUCCCAAUAAAAUGUAUCUCAAUGU